AUGGCUUCUUCGAACCGCGAACCGAUUGCCGUUGUCGGUAUUGGAUGUCGCCUUCCUGGAGGGGUCACCACGACGCAGGAUUUCUGGGACACACUGUGUCGAGGCAUGAACAUGGUAUCUGAAGUUCCGAAUGACCGGUUUCAUGCCGAGUCUCUCCACGAUGCUGACUCGGGAAAAUACGGAACUAUACGGAGCUCCAAAGGGGGUUUCAUUGAUGAUAUUCAGUCGUUUGAUGCAGAGUACUUCGGCUACUACCCAGCUGAGGCAUCCAGGAUGGACCCGCAACAGCGGCUCGCUCUGGAGGCAAGUGUUCAUGCACUGGAGGACUCUGGCACUACGCUGGAGCAGGUGGCUGGAUCCCAAACAAGUGUGUUUAUUGGUACUUUCAUGUCCGACCACCUUUGCAUUCAGACGGCAACAGGGCAACGAGACAACAUUAGCCCCCAUGUGGCAAUGGGCGCUUCGGGCUGCUCAAUCGCUAAUCGGGUGUCGCAUCGGCUGAAUAUCCAUGGCCCGAGCAUCACUCUAGAUACUGCCUGUUCGGGCAGCUUAGUUGCGUUACAUCUCGCGUGCCAAAGCCUGUGGACGCAGGAGAGCGAGGCUGCUCUCGCUGGUGGUGUCAACGUCAUCCUCCGACCCGAGACCACGAUAUUGAUGUCCAAGGCGGGCUUCCUCUCUCCAGAUGGUUCUUGCAAAUCAUUUGACGCAGCAGCGAAUGGCUAUGUUCGCAGUGAAGGCGUUGGGAUGGUGUUCUUGAAGCCUCUGAGUCGAGCGAUCCAAAACAGGGACAGAAUUUAUGCCUUGGUCCGCAGCUCCCUUGUGAAUCAAGAUGGAUAUACCGCAGAGGGAUUCACCGUUCCCAGCCUCAUGGCACAGGCGGCAUUAUUGCACUCGGUCUAUGCACAGUCUGGCAUAGACCCGGCCAAGAUCCGUUAUGUAGAAGCUCACGGGCCGGGAACCUCGGUCGGGGAUCCUAUCGAAGCAAACGCCCUUGGAAAGCAGCUUGGACAAGUGCGAUCCGAAGAUGAAGAUUCUCUCUGGAUAGGAUCAGCCAAGGGCAACUUCGGUCACCUCGAGGGAGCUGCUGGGAUUGUUGGUUUCAUCAAGGCUGCACUGGUCACAUUCUACAGGAAGAUUCCUCCGCAAGCCAACUACAAGAGUCCCAAUCCCGGAAUUGACUUUCAAUCGCUUCGGCUUGCCGUACCAACCGAGAUGAUUACCUUGACCCCAGGUCGGCAACACAAGCUAUGGGUCGGUGUCAACUCGUUUGGAGCCGGGGGUACUAACGCCCACGCUGUUCUUGAAGAGGCACCCGACGAUGCUGGUAGCUCCCCUCCUCCAUCCGGUCAUGGGCCGCGCGUUUUCGUGCUGUCUGCAAGAUCGCUCUCGGCGAUGGAGCAGUCUGCUAGAGAACUUGCUUCUCACCUGCGAGACCAAAAACCUGCUCUGGAGGAUGUCGCGUACACUCUCACCAUGCGCCGCAGCAGUCAUAACAAAAUCUCGGUCAUCCCGGCUGAAGGACUUGAAGACUUGUGUUCCAAACUUGACCUGCUAGGGGCCCGCCAGGAAACCAAGGAUAUUUUGUCAGUCCAGAGGCGAUCGGGCAGUUCCCCAAAAACGGCCUUUCUGUUUUCCGGUCAAGGGGGCCAAUGGCUCGGGAUGGGGAUGGCCCUCGUGGAGCAAGAACCUGUUUUCCGCGAGUCCCUGGCCGCCUUUGAUGAUAUUUUCACUGCCCUGGGAGGAUUUUCGAUCCGUGCAGAGAUUUCACCUGACGGGAACGACCUAGCACGGCUCAACAAAACCACUAUAGUUCAACCAGCUAUUGCAGCCAUCCAGAUUGCAUUAGCGAGAUUGCUGAUUUCCUAUGGUAUCACACCCAAUGCCAUCGUGGGCUACUCCAUUGGUGAAGUUGCAGCUGCCCAUAUCGCUGGCGCACUUAGUCUGGAGGAAGCCGUUAAAGUGAUUUACUUUCGGUCACAGAUCCAGAGCCAAGCAGCAGGCGCCGGGACUAUGUUAGCCACUGGAAUCUCAUCUGAGGCAGCAGAGCAACUAAUUCAUCGGCACCAGUUGGGGGGAUUCGUGGAGAUUGCCGCUCUCAAUGGCGCUAACUUGACAAUACUCAGUGGGAGUACAACAGAACUAGAGCAACUCGCCAGCGUCCUCAAGACUCAGGGGACUUUUGCUCGAUUUGUCAAGGUGGACGUGCCUUACCAUAGCCGCUUCAUGGACCCCUUUGAAAAUGACCUCGUUGAAGCUCUAUCGUCGAUUCAAGGAAAACAGACCGAUGUCGACCUAUACUCCACUGUCACCACAUUGGUCGAGUCAGGCACCCACUUGACUGCCAAGUACUGGUUCCAGAACGUGCGUAAGCCCGUCCGAUUCGUUGAGACCGCGGCAAGAAUGCUGGAAGAUGGAUGCAAUUUCUUAGUUGAAAUCGGGCCACACCCCGUCUUGGUCUCUGGAAUCCGCGGCAUUGCCGAGUCUGCUAAGCAGGCAGUCCAUAUAUUUCCAGCCAUGGUCCGAGGCAGUGAAACUGAGCCUGUUUCAUGUCUCAUCGGAGCCGCAAACGCUAUCGGCAUUAAUGCGGAUCUUCAUUCGUUCAAUGGUUGCGGGGGCCGCUUCGUAGAUCUUCCCUUAUAUCCUUUUCAACGUCAGCACUACUCGUUCGAACAUCCGGAGGCUCAAGAGCACCGUCUUCGGAAAUGUAAUCAUCCGUUCCUUGGAAGCUGUACCCGUCUGACAGAUGAGAGUCGUGGCACGGUACGGCUCAGACUGAGUACCGGCGUGUCUCCCUUUCUCGCUGAUCAUUUUGUGGACGGUGCAGUGGUAUUUCCAAUGACAGGACAUGUGGAGUCCGCAUAUCUGGCUGCAAGGGAGCACUUACCCCACAAGAAAGUCUGGCUGGAGGAUCUCCGAUUUGAACAUCCUGUGAUCCUGGCAUCUGCGGAAGAUUUCGCUCCGCAAGUGUUGCUUGAGAUUACAUCUCCUGCGAACGACUUUGUGAUAAGUUCGCGUCUAGCAGACUCGACCCCCGAGGCGGAAUGGCAGGUAUGUUCUCGUGGACGCAUAAAUGCGUUCGACCAGCGAUCGGAGACUGUCCCGGAGGCACUCGACAGCGUAAGGUCUCGUGUGCAGACCGGGACGGAGGUAGAUUGUGAAACCUUCUACCAGAAAAUAGAAGAGUCUGGCCUUCGGUACGGUGAGGCAUUCAGAGGUGUUCGAAAGAUCUGGCGACGAGGUGGCGAGAUCUUCGCCUAUGUGAAGCUCCCCAGUUCAUUGCAUGCAGAGGCAGCAAGUUUUAGAUUCCACCCGGCAUUUUUGGACUCUUGCUUGCAUACGGUGUAUGCUGAUCUGCACCACCACGGCGACUCGCGCUAUGUUUACCUACCCUAUCACAUUGAACAGGUAGAGAUAUUUGAAGCAGGAAGUGUCACAGCAGCGUUCGUGCAUAUCCAGAUGAAACGCCAUGAUGAUGUAUUCCUCUGCUGUGACGCAUUAAUCUACGGCGAGAGUGGUCAAGUACUAGCCGUGGCAACUGGAAUCACAGCAAAGCGUAUUCCGGGUCUGCAUGUGCCACGAUUGCUGGAGCGCCGAGUCUGUUUCCGGCCCGAGACUCAGGAAGGGUCGAGCAGCAUAGAAGCGGAGUUUGAGAAUGUGUUAAUACUUGAACCGCAGAGGGGGGACUUUGACUGGCAAUCUGUUGUCCAGAGAACUUUUCCUCGUGCAAAGAUCCAUCAGAGGCUCUUGGAGUUAAUCGACGUGCCGUGGAAACCGGCGGAAUGGGGGUUUCAUUUGGACCGCCGUGUACUUGUCAUCGUUCCGGCGUUCAUGUCUGGGUCACACUGCAGGGACUUUCGCAGCACGGUGGGCGUUGUAAUGAGAGCGCUCCUUCGCGUCGCCACAUGGCUUCAUGAGACCCAGGGAAUACCGUCACUUGUGAUAGUGACAAAAGGAGGCUGCAUUACCCCUGCAGAUUCGCAAUGUGACCCCCUUUCCUCGUCAGUGGAAGCAGCUGUGCGAGUCAUGGCAAACGAGCUGCCCCGAGUACGGAUCCGCUGUGUGGAUCUUGCCCUGGACAAGUAUGACCGCCCCAUCCCAUUAUUCGAGGAAGAGCUACGGACGAGUCGUCUCGGUUUUUGUGAGAGUGUGGUAGCCAUACGACCUGAAGGCCGGUUCUUCAAACGAAUCGUGACCGUGGAUGCCGAGGAGGAGGAGAAACGGACGAAAAAGCAACUUCCCGCAAAAGGAGGACAGUAUUUCUCUGAAUCUGAUCCCAAUGGAACCCUCGAUAAUAUCACCCUACGGCAGAAGCCUCAGGAAAUUUUGGGCCCAGAUGACGUGGGCAUUGAAGUGCACGCGGCUGGAGUUAACUUCAAGGAUAUCAUGAAUGGGUUAGGCCUGCUUAGUGAGCGAGCAGUGUCCGGUGGUUUAGCAGGUCGAAAUCUGGGUCUCGAGGUCGCUGGACAAGUUGCGACGAUCGGAGAAAAUGUGCGAGAUAUUACCAUCGGCACUCCUGUUAUGGCUCGAGUGUCAAACGGCUUUGGAGGGUUUGUAACUGCUCACCGCAACCUCCUCGUGCCCAUCCCGUCCUCUCUUACAUUCCCUCAAGCCGCUUGCAUUCCAGGAGCGUUCACCACGGCAUAUUAUGCCCUCGCAUACCUUGGCAGGCUAGUGGCGGGAGAAAGUGUUCUUAUCCAUUCAGCAGCUGGAGGAGUGGGAAUCGCGGCAAUCCAAGUUGCCAAGCAUUUAGGUGCGCGUGUAUAUGCUACAGCCGGAAGCCCGACGCGUCGGGCCUGGGUUUCGUCGAUGGGAGUGGAAGCAGUAUUUGACUCACGAUCUGUUUUGUUCCACGAUCAACUCAAGGCAGCAACCAGGGGUCAAGGCGUGGAUGUGGUGCUGAAUUCCCUUACUGGGGCUAUGUUCCUGCAGUCGGUCGCAUGUCUCGCUCCAUUUGGCCGCUUUUUAGAGAUUGGAAAGACGGACAUCUACCGGAACAUGAGGCUUGGCCUCGAGCAAUUUGGCCAGAAUCGUUCCUUUUUUGCCAUCGAUGUCGACAGAUUGGCUACCCAGAAGCCGGAUCUACAUCGUCAAAUCCUAAAUGAGGUUUGUGCACUGUUGGAGAGUGGAAAGCUAGUACCGCUUCCGAUCACCACGUAUCCUAUCACAGAGCUUUCUACUGCAUUGAAGGCGCUUUCCCGGUCUGCUGUGAUCGGAAAGGUUGCUGUGGAAAUGCCAGAGAACACCGACGUUCAUGCAGCCCCACCAAGCCAGCUUAAGUUGCGAAGUGAUCGAACUUACCUUAUCACUGGCGGUGCAAGUGGGUUAGGCCUACACUUGGCCAGACUUCUAAUCGAGCGAGGGGCGCAAUACGUCAUCCUUGUAAGCCGUUCAGGGCCAAAGUUUGAGGAGGAUCACGCACUUCUUUUGGAUCUGCGGCGUCGUGGGGCCAAGGUGAUGGUUGAGCAGGCAGAUGUCAGCAGUCUGGAGGUGGUAACGUUGCUCUUCAGCCCUCAAACUGAUUGGCCACCUAUAGUGGGAGUUGUUCACUGCGCAGGCGUCUUGAAAGACUCAUAUUCUCACGACAUAACAAUGGACGACUUCUGGCAAGUGUUCGCGCCCAAAGCCUUAGGCGCAUGGAACCUGCACCUGGCUACCCAACACAUGGAUCUGGACUUCUUUGUCCUGGUUUCGUCCUUAUCAAGUAUCCUUGGGCUCCCAGGCCAAUUCAGUUAUGCAGCUGCGAACCAGUUUCUGGAUGGACUGGCACACCACCGUCGGGCGUCCGGCUUGCCAGGGUUUUCUCUGAAUCUUGGCAUUCUGGGAGACUUUGCUGGAAUGUCUCGCAAAUUUGCGCGCAAUGACGGAGUCCUCGAAAUCCUGCAGUCGUCCGGGUUGUUACCCGUGAGUCUUCCAACAAUCUUGUCCGCUUUUGAGCGUGGCAUCCUCCACAAUGCUACACAACGCCUGGCUGCCAGCAUUGAUUGGACCAUGUUCUUCACAGCGUACCCUCACCUCACUCGCGAUGGUGCCUUUCUGGGCCUAGAGAAUCAGCAGGCAAAAAUGGGCAGCUCUGGAUCCACCCGAUCAAUGUCCAACAUAACUGGCCCCGAGCGAGUUAAAAUGAUCGCCGAUAUAUUAUGCUCCGGGUUGGCCAAAAUACUUGGCAUCGAACCGAGCCGGAUAUCUGUCACGGAGAAAAUCGACCAAUACGCAAUUGACUCCCUUACUCUUACACAACUACGUAGUGUGAUACUGCGCGAAAUUCGGGUUACGUACCCUCUCAUGAGGCUUUACGAAGCGCCCAGUCUCCAGGAGAUUGCGGUGGAGCUUAACGGUUCAUUUCAACGUGGAUCCCCCGAAAACCAGAAUAUUACUGAUGUCGCGAAUCACAUGCCUGAACAAGUGGUCCCUGCGGGACUGUCGAUUUUGUCGAAAUGGUUCAUUCGCGGCAACUCAGCCAACCAGUCCCGGCCGCGCCUCGUAUGUUUCCAUUCAAUGGGCGUGGGGGCUUCUCUUUUCACUCCCUUUUUGAUGAAUCCACCGGAUGGACUCGACCCAAUUGCAGUGCAGCUGCCAGGCCGAGAAAAUCGGGCCAAUGAAGCAGUUCCAACUACCGUGUCUGAAGUUGUUUCCGGCAUCCUUGCCGAGAUGGAUCAGGUAAUAGGAACCGCCCACAUUUUCUGGGGCCACUCCUUUGGGGGAAUAGUUGCUUUUGAAGUGCUUAGAGCUCUUCGACGACAAGGGAAACCUCUCCCACGUCUCUUAAUAACCGGCACCAUUGCACCACAGCUCAUCCGACUUUGGCAGAAGCGAGAUGUCAUGCUCCAGAGCUUUAGAGAGGACUAUAGCCCUGAGUAUCUGAUGGCUGUCUCGCGUUACCAAUUGAGUGAAGAAGAUCCCCUAGAUGUGCCAAUCACAGCGUUUGCCGCACGUCAGGAUGAUGUUGUGUAUCCUGAUGAGGUUGCCGCUUGGAGCACACAUGCGAGGGAGUUCAAUUUUAUCGAGGUAGAUGGAGACCAUUGGUUCAUACAUCGGAAUCGGCAGGUAUUGCGGGAGACAUUGGUGGCGUUGGUGGACUAA